AUGAAAUACGACCGUACCUUCAACACUAUACGGACACGACACUGCAAGAAAUAUGACGACUUGGUUACCGUUAAAAUGGAAGAAUUCAAAGCCAUGUCGAAAACACAUUGGAUCGAGAAUAUAUCGAGCACAGUUGUACCUGACUACAUCACCAGUACGCUCAGCCUUGGACCGAACUUUGGACUACCAUACAAGUACAAGGAGAUACCAAUAAUUAAAACAUUAGCAAGCAUUGAGAGCGCUCUGUAUAAAAAUCCAGACGCAGAUAAAAUUCGUGCGAAAAUGGUUAACAUAACAACAAACUAUUUACACCACUAUAAGAGAUCGAAUCAUUCGGACAAACUCCUUCUGCUGAUGGUCAAUCGAACUGAGAAAUACUUAAGAGAACAUCAGGAUAUAGCUGUCAUCAACGCAGACAAAGGUAACAAAACAAUAAUUUUAAACAGGAACGAAUACGAUGCAUCGAUGGAAAACCUCGUGAACGACAAUAAAACUUACGUGAAAACAACGAGAAAUCCUACAUCGAGGAUUGAAACCCGAGUCAAUGAUUUAAUAUCCGAAUGGAGACUCAACAACAAAAUCAGUGACGAACAGGAGAAAUACUUGAAAUCGCACAACAGCGUAGCACCAGCGGUAUAUGGCCUAGGCAAACUACACAAAAAGAAACCUAACGAAAAUAUACCGUUGAGACCGGUGGUUGCAACGAUUCAAUCGCCAACAUACAAAUUGAGCAAAUUAAUAGCUGAAACGCUUGGAAAGGUGACAAACGAUUCCCCAUUUCAUGUAAAAGACAGUUGGCAAUUCGCAAAAGACGUGAAGGAAGCAAAAAUUCCGGUUGGUUACAAACUCAUAUCAUUGGAUGCAACUUCACUAUAUACCAACGUCCCAGCAGCCCUAUGUACGAGAGCAAUCAAAAAGAGAUGGCAAAAAAUAAAACCUCACUCCUUCCUCACUCAAAAACAAUUUCUAGAAGCGGUGAAUAUUAUAACAACAGAAUCAUACUUCAGGUACAAGGAUCACUACUAUCUACAAAUAUCAGGUUUAGCAAUGGGAAACUCCAUAUCUGGUUUUCUGGCCGACAUGGUGAUGGACGACCUAGAAGUAACGUCAUUGAGUAAACUCCCAUUUAAUGUGCCAUUCUAUCGUAGAUAUGUUGAUGAUAUCAUUGUGGCAGUACCUGAGAAUGGCGUCGAUACCAUCUUACAACAAUUCAACAAAUACCACAAAAAUUUGAAAUUCACAAUUGAAGAGGAAAUAGACGCAUCAAUCAAUUUUCUAGACAUGUCACUCCACCGCCAGCAGGAUGGACACAUCGUAACAACAUGGUACCAGAAAGCCAUAGCAUCCGGCAGAUACCUCCACUUUAAGGCCCACAACCCGAUCUCACACAAACGGAACGUCGCAUCAGCUUUGACGGACCGCGCCAUUGCAUUGACAAAUCCGAAUGAUCGACCGAAGAGUUUGAAAAGAGUGAAAGAUUUACUUUCUGGAAACGGUUAUCCCGAUAAAUUCGUGUCAAACGUGAUAAAAAACCGUGUCGACAAAUUCUACAACAACACCAAAACGAAGAAAGACCAGAACAACCGAUUCAUCGCAGCACCAUACAUCCCAGGCCUAUCCGAAAAACUAAAAAAAUCAUUGAACCAACACAACCUUACACUAAGCUGCAAAACGACAAAUCGCAUCGGUAAUAUUUACAGUAAAACCAAAUACACAGUGCCGAAGGAAGAGAAAUCCAAGGUCAUAUACCAGGUGAAAUGCCGCGACUGCAAUGCAAUAUACAUAGGCAUAACAAAACAGAAGUUAAAAGACAGAAUGUCCAAACAUCGAAGCGACGUCCACCUGAAGAAAACAACGAACACAACAGGCCUAACACUACAUGCAGUCAAUGAAUCACACACAUUCAAUUUCAAUGAUGUAAAGAUUUUAGAACAAAUUCCCAACUACUUCCAACGCAUCAUUGCUGAAAAGAUGUUCAUCCACAAAGCAUCGAACACAGUUAACACACAAGUUGACAAAUCGGGACUACACGCAUCUUACAUAAAUCUAAUGAAAUUACACAAUUCAACAAGCACACAACACCAACAACAACCAACACCUACCAACACUGCACACGACAAUUAA